AGUUCGGUUUGAGCAGAGCACUGAGAGAGUUGUCUUUUUGCGCCGCUGGCUGGCCACUGUUCACGUUUGUUGGCCAAAAGUGAAUAGGAAAAAAAUAAAAUAAAAUAAACGACAAAUAGUAAUAAAAAUUGAUAAAUAAAGCAAUAAAAAUUAAAAAUUAUUGCGCGCUUGAAUAUCGAAUUGAAAUGUUGACGGCGUAAAUAACGUUAACAAACGCGGUAGCCAAUUUCUGAUUUAUAUUUCUCGAUAUUAAUGGCAAUGUGCAAGUGCAAAGCAAAUUGUGGUCUAUGAGCCUGGCCGUGUGUUUCUGUGUGUGCGCGUGAGUGUGUGCGACAAAUGAGAUUGCAAAUAGCGGCAUUUGUUCGCCACAUCCAAUAAGAAACACAAACGUGUGUGUGAACUGUGCGUGUGUGUGUGUGUGUGCAUGUGUAUUUAUGGAAUAUGCACAGUGUUCUGAAACAACAACUUUAAGCCACAUAAUAACAAGAGCAACAAACAAGCUAAAGGGGCCUGACCAUGGAGCUGAGCAACUUUUCCAACAAUAAGAAAAUGUCACGCGAGGAGCGACGGUAUUCAGUGCCGCAUGGUCCAAAUACGCCGCUGCCACCGGCGGCAUCCGAAGAUCUGCAUGCCUGGUCCAUCUAUAGGCAAAAUUUAAACUCUGACUUCACCGAUUCGGCGCUGGGAUCGUCAGACAAAUCACCGCUGCCAUAUGGAAAUUUCCAGCUACGCGAUACCACAGUGCAAUCAAUCUUGAAUCAUCCGCGCUACGGACCCAAAUCACCGCUGGGCUCCAAUAUGUAUACAUAUCUAAAGUUUGGACUGCCGCGCGUCUUUCCGCCCAAUGCCGGCUCACAGCGCUCGCAUCGACCUGGUCCGGGACCGGGUUCGGGACCCGGUCACGGCAACUCCAGCGCAUUGGGCGGCGUUCGUGGCCGUGUGAAUCGCGGCUUUCGCGAUAGUUCGGGUGUACCAGCUGGCGCCGGUUCCAGUGGCUAUGAUAGCAGCGACAAUGAGACCACCCGGAGUCGUGUGCCUCCGAAUCUACGCAAAUAUCGCAGCGAGUCAGAUUUCCGUGCCAUCAGCGGCAUGGGCAUGACCAUGGCGCAUUCCCGUCCAGAGUCCCGAGCCCAGGGCGGUGUACCCUCGGCGGCACUGCGUCAGGCAAAUAGUCGCGCCAGCAUAGCUGUCGGUCAGCAUCAUCAUCAUCUCCAGCAGCAGCAGCAGCAGCAACAGCAACAGCAACAUCAACAACAGCAACACCAACAACAAUAUAUGAAUGGCAAACACUAUGGACAUCGUUCGCACAGUGAGGCGGAUCUGCUGGGCGCCGGAUUGAGCGGUGACGGUGGCGGUGGGCUCGGCUAUGAUUACGGGGAGUCACGGAUCUAUGGCAGCUCCCGACAUGGACAAUCGUAUGGGCGCAAGCAGUCGAGCAUGGGUCUGAUCUAUCCCAAUAUUCAGGUGCACUGCCUCGAUGUGAGUCCUUGUCUCCAUGGCGUUUCACUCCAGGCGAAGGCUGGCGAUUUGUUUGCCAUUAUGGCCACAUCUCAAAGGGAGGGCAGUGCUCUGGCUGAGUGCCUGGCGGGUCUGCGCGAGCGUCUGGGUGGUGAGAUCCUCAUCAAUGGCCAGCAUGUGAAUCGUCGCGGACUAAGAGAGCUGUGCAGCUAUGUGCCGGCAUUGGAUGUGUCCUCUCUGGAUCCUCGCAUGAGUGUCCAGUGCACAUUGAAUUUCCAUGCAGCGCUGCGUGGUCCGUUGGAUCGCAGUGAUCUUAAGGAGCGCAUGGAUGUGCUCAUUGAGGAUCUGGGCUUGAAUACGGUGCGUGCAUCGAAUGUGUCCACGUUGACGCACUCAGAGAAGCAGCGUUUGAGUGUCGCCUGUCAGCUGUUGGCUCAAUCUUCGCUGCUGAUACUCGACCAGGUCACUAGCAAUAUGGACAUCUUUGACACGUUCUUCCUAGUGGAGUAUUUGCGUCAAUGGUGCAGCGGUGGUCGCAUUGUCAUUAUGACCCUGCAGCCACCCACCUUUGAGAUACUUUCCAUGUGCUCCGGCGUAUUGCUGUUGUCCGGCGGGCGCACCGUUUUCUCCGGCAGUCGAGCCGAUCUGCCGCGCCACAUGGGCGAAUUGGGAUAUCCGUGUCCGCCAUUCAAGAAUCCAGCGGACUAUUAUCUGGAUCUGGUCACCUUGGACGAUCUGUCGGCAGCCGCCAUGCUCGAGUCCUCGGCACGCAUUGAAUCGCUGGCUAAUGCCUGGGAUCAAAUCAACUCGGAGCCGCCGCUCGCUGCUCCGCCCGCCUCCCUGCCCAAUUUCACGCUGAAGGCGGGCUUUUUUGGCCAAGCCAAGGCGUUGGUCAAACGCUUUGCCGGCUACAAGCAGCCCGGAUCGUUGCUCACCUGGAUCAGCAAGCUGAUUGCUGCCGCUGUGCUUUCGCUCUGUAUUGGUUGCAUCUUUUGGGAUGUGCCCGCUUCUGAUCCACAGUUGUCUUACAACGAUCGCCUUGGCUAUCAUCAUUGCGUCAUGGUGCUGGCCUAUUGGCCACUGGUCAUGCUGACCAUACGCGACACACAGGAGGAUCGACGCCAUGCGGAGCGAGAUAUACGACUGGGUCUCUACUCGCGCAGUCUUUACAUCAUUGUGCAGAGUCUGCUAGGCCUCUUUCCCAGCCUGUGCAUUUGGCUGGCAUACCUGCUGCCCGCCCAUAGCAUGGCCGGAUUAUAUACCUACUCGAAUAGCAGCGAUACUGGCAUCUAUUUAUAUAUGGGGUAUAUGCUGCUCUAUCUGACGCUAAUACAAACACUUGCGUUAUUCUGUGCUCAUCUGCUGCCCUGCAAGAUAUCCGCCAGUCUGGUGAAUGGUUUGAUCAGUUUGGCAUUAUCUGCCGUCGGCGGUUAUCUGGUGCAUCCACGUAAUCUGUCCAAGCUGUGGUCCUGGCUACAAUUGGCUUCACCGCAGCGUUGGUUGCUGCCGGUCCUGGUGCAAGAUGAAUAUAGCGCCGAGACGCUGGCCAAUUCGGCCGGUUUGCAACUGUGCCGCAACAAACAGGUCCAGCACCAGGAGAUCAUUGUGCAGCAGCCCUGCCCGCCGCCAAAUGGCACUCAAGUUCUGGUCGACUAUCAACUGCUGCCGCAGCAGCAUGUCCUCGACCCGACACUCAGCUACGAUCAGACCACCUCGGUGGCUCUGGUCCUUGCGUCCGUGCUCAUCUUCUGUCUGACUUUCGUUAUAUUUGUGUGCAAUUGUCGGGGCGCCUGUCGCAAGCGCCGCAGUCGGCGCUACUAAGCUGCAACUGCAACAACUGUUGCAGCAUUUGACAAACAAAACAAAACUGUACAUUAGUUAGCAACUAAUUUUUUUAAUAAAUAGCUUUUAGACGAGGCAGCGAACGUUUAACUA